CAUUUUUCCCCCUAACUACUAUGGCCCUAAUACGCCGCCCUAUGAGACCCAUCAGUUACCUAAAAGACAAACAAACAAACAAACAAACAAACAAAAAAACAACAACAAAAAAACCACAGUAACCGAAGUCAGUUUGAGCAUCAUCACAGCUGUUGACACCUCGCCUCAUACAGACAGCUCCGUCUGUCUCAGGGAACACACGACCUCCGCCUAUCGGAGGCUCGCGCUUCCUCGGUAAUCUCCCCGCGCCUGCGCUCAUUGGCUGCCUCGCGGGUCAGUCUCGCGGAGUGGGCGGAGCCGCGCGUACAGGGUGGAAGGAGGAGUGACGCCCGAGAGGCGGCGCGACCGCCUGUCAGUUGUGUUCUCGUCCUCGUCAAAAGUCGGCUGUUUGUUGCUGUGACUGAAAAUCAGACGGACCCGCGGCGACGCACGAGCGAGUCGGUCCAUCCGCCGCGCCACGCCGAGAGCCCGGUCCCUCGUUGCACUCUGACACCAAAGGGCGUGUUCCGGGCACGGAGCGGUUCGGUUUCGGGUAGUCCUGGUAACCUGGUGAACAACGUUGGAUCGGAAGAUUUCCUCCGCUGCAACAGCUGCUGGUUUCCAGGAGGCUUUACGCACGUCUGGAUGCCUUGACCGCUUCCAGGGAACCGGGAGCCAGGAGCCGGGCUGGAGACGGUGAGGACUUGUUGCGCGCCUCCAGGGGAGCGCACCGGUCGGUCCCCCUUCCUGAACCUGAACCUGCCUGUGAUGCUCGGGGCUGUAGAUACGCCGCGGAGCGCGCUAACACAACCAGCCUAGAGUCAGCGUGGACUUCUCCUCUGGAACUAUGAAAUCCUGCUUCUAAAUAGUCAAAUUGAGUUGAGCAGUGUGCGUCAGGCUGACAGAGCCGCUCCUCUUUUAAAUGGCAUCCCCGAACAAGGGCACCAAACUUUCUCCGAUCCCGUAAAAUUGCUUCACUUUCUCCCCCGAGCCCGCUUGUUCUGAACUGAGCCCCCCGCCCCCCCAGCCACCCAGCCCUCUGACCGCCGACAUGUCGGAGCGUGACGGAUGUGGGGACGGGCUGUACGGCGACGGGGCGCCGGACUUCAUCCCGCCGAGAGUGUCCCGCGGCCGGCGGAGCGGUGUCAUCCUCCCCGGAGGAGGAGGUGGAGGGGGCCAGGACUCGGACACCAUCCUGCUGGAGUCCGUGAAGGCAGCACCGCGCCGCAGCAGCAUCAUUAAGGACCCGUCGGUGCAGAAGGUGGGCGGAGGCAGGAAGAAGACGGUGUCCUUCAGCAGCAUGCCCUCCGAGAAGAAGGUGAGCAGUGCAGCGGACUGCUUGGCUUUCAUGCAAGGUGGGUGUGAGCUGAAGAAGAUCCGACCCAAUUCCAGGAUGUACUGUCGCUUCUACACCUUGGAUACAGACCUGAGCUGCCUGCGCUGGGAGCCGUCCAAAAAGGACUCGGAGCGGGCCAGACUGGACGUGUCCACCAUCAGGGAGGUCCGCACUGGGAAAAGCACAGAGACGUUUCUUCAUAACGGUCCUCUGUCUGAACACCUGGCAGAGGAAGCCGCAUUCUCCAUCAUUCAUGGGGAUGAGUACCAGUCUCUAGAUUUGGUGGCAUUGUCAGCUGACGUGGCCAACAUCUGGGUGACGGGCUUACGGUACCUUCUCGCCCACCCUUCGAUCAUCGGCGGGGUAGGGGGAGGAUGUGGGGUAGUGGCAGGAGGGCCAGGCGAUGGAGGUGGCUUGGCGGUAGAAGGCAGUCUGGGAAGCAAGAUGAGAAGCGAGUGGCUGGCAGCAGAGUUCGCGCUGGUUGACGAGGAUGGCUACGGGAUCGUAUCAGAGGAUGUGGCUGUCACCACAGUCUGCAAGCUGUGCCCUGGCAUCAAGGAGGCCAAGGUCCGCCUGCGAUUUAAGGAGAUCCAGCGGAGCAAGGAGAAGCUCACCUCCCACGUGACGCGGGAGGAGUUCCAGGAGGCCUUCUGCGAGCUCUGCACCCGACCCGAUGUUUACUUCCUGCUGGUUCAGCUGUCCCAGGACCGCGAGUGCCUGGACCCUCAGGACCUCCGCCUCUUCCUGGAGACGGAGCAGGGCUUGUCCCUUGCUACGACCGAAGGCUGCUGGGAGCUGCUGAAGCGCUACGAGCCGUCGGCGCAGGGCCGGGAGCGCGGCCUGCUGGGCCUGGACGGGUUCGCCCGCUACCUGCAGUCGCCCGAGUGUCAACUUCUGGACCCCGAACACCUGGGCGUCUGUCAGGACAUGAACCUGCCCCUGUCCCACUAUUACAUCAGUACUUCGUACCGAUCCUACCUGCUGGACGACCAGGUCCACGGCAGAGCCGACCUCGGCGGCCUCAUCAAGGCCCUGCAGUCCGGCUGCCGGUGCCUGGAGCUGGGAGUGACCGAUGGCCCCGAGGGCGAGCCUCUGCUCGGGGUCGACUAUGGGCCCGAUGUCUCUCGUCACCAUCACCACCUCCACCACCACCACGCGCCUGUUACCAUUCGCUCUGCACUGGAGGUGGUCAAUAAAUACGCCUUCCUGACUUCCCAGUACCCUUUGCUGCUGUACCUGUGUCACCGGUGCUCCCCGGGUCAGCAGCGCACCAUGGCCCACCACCUGAAGAAGGUGUUCGGGUCCCGGCUUUACACCCCCGAUGCCCAGCAUGUGAGUCUGGGGGGGCGGGCCACCACUCUGCCCUCCCCCGAGCAGCUGAAGGGGCGGAUCCUCCUAGUGGGGAAGAAGCUCCCUCCAGAGGAGGAGGGCUCUGAUGGGGAGGUGUCUGAGGAGGACGAGGAGAUCGGAGGGGGCGGGCCCCUGGCAGGAAGAAGGAUGACCAUCCCUGGGGAGGAGGAACUGGGUGUGGUCUUGGUGGUCCCGCCUCCUUCCCAGCCCAGGAAGCUCAGCCUCCACAGGGAGCUGUCGGACCUGGUGGCUGUUGCCCGGACCAGCAGCCGCAGCUUCUACGCCCAGAGGGGAAGCUACAAGCAGACCCAGCAGCAGUCCCCCCCCAGCAGCCCCUCAUCCCCCGGCUCGCCCGUCCCUCCAGAGCUGCCUUACUGGACGAUGUGCUCCCUGGGUGAGGGAGAGGCCGGGCGGCUAACCAGUGAGAGCCCGGAGGAUCUGGUGGUGUUCACCAAGCGCACCCUGACCAGGGUACGGCCCAGCUCAGUGCGCCUGGACUCCAGCAACCCCAACCCGCAGGGAUACUGGAAGGGAGGGGUCCAGCUCGUGGCCUUGAACCAACAGACUCCGGGCGCCAUGCUGGACCUUCACCGGGGCCGCUUCACUCAGAACGGAGGGAGCGGCUACGUCCUCCGGCCCGCCGUGAUGAGGGACGAGGUGUCGUACUUCAGCGCCCACACGCACGGCUGCGUGCCAGGAGUCCCGCCUCAGACUCUGCGCAUUAAGGUGAUCAGUGCCCACAACCUGCCCAAGCCUCAGGGGUCAGGGGCCAAAGGUGAGGUCAUUGACCCGUACGUUGUGCUGGAGCUGCACGGCGUCCCAGCUGACUGUGCAGAGCAGCGGACACGCACCGCCGCUCAGAACCAGGACGAGCCCAUGUUUGACGAGACCUUUGAGUUCCAGGUCAACAUGCCUGAGCUGGCCUUGCUGCGCUUUGUGGUGCUGGACGACGACUACAUCGGAGACGAUUUCAUCGGCCAAUACAGCGUGGCCUUCGACUGCCUUCAGCCGGGCUACCGUAACGUGCCCCUGCUGGGCCUGGCGGGAGACCCCUUACCACACACCAGCCUUUUUGUUCACGUGGCCAUCACCAACCGGCGAGGCGGAGGGAAGGCCCAGCGGCGGGGCCUGUCGGUGCGCAGGGUGGGCCGGCGAGGGAGGGAGUACGUCUCUCUGCGGCACACCGGCAUCAAAGCUCUGGACGAGGUUUUCAAACAAGCCGGCGGACCCCUCAAGGAGGCCACGGACCUGCGGGAGGACGCUCAGUGCUCCACCGCCGGUUUCAAGGACCAGUGUGGGCUCCCCACUGUGGCCAAACUGAAGCAGUGCAUCCAGAGCCUGGCUACGAGGCUCCAGAGCCCCGAGGGGGCCAUGGGGGCCACCAUGUUGCUGAGGGAGGGCUACCCCUGUCUGGAGCCUCAGGUCAGCCUGUCUGAGGCGACUCGGAAGCUUCUCUCUGCCUACGACACGAUGAUCUCCGCCCAGAAACAGCUAAUAGAAAACGCAGACGGUGUUCAGGAGAGGAUCGACCAGGUGCACAGGGAAGGAAUGGACCUCCAUGAGGAUCUGUCCCGGCUCUGUGAGAAGGAGGGGCUGAAGGGACGGAAGAUGAACAAGGCGGUGGAGAGUUUCACCUGGAACAUCACCGUCCUCAAGGGUCAGAGCGACCUGUUGCGUGGAGCUAAGAUGGACUCCCUGGACGCCCUGCGGCAGCUGGCUCUGGCCUGUGAAGCCUGCGGACUCACCUCCUCCUCCUCCAACUCCUCCAACAGCUUCUCCACCGCCGAGCUGCACUACUCCUCCCACCCGGCGUCGGGGCGACGGAGCAGCACGCACGGCAACGGACGCGUCUGACACCCGCAUUUAAACACGUCGAUGAAAAGAAACUCGUGAAGGACCCGGGGUGGGGUGGGGUGGGGUUUAUGCUUUCUGGUGGAGUAUCCCUUUAAGCCGUGUGGUAGACUGAAGCCUUACUGUGGUGGUGACGGGCCGGCCAGCAGAGGUGGAGCGGUGAUCAGGUCAGGGUGUUGGAGAUGAAUGUAGAGCGGCCUCAGCUGUCCAGAUCUACCUGUGUGUCCUCACUGUGUUGUCGAUGUGAGAACAGACUGAAGACUUUCACUGCUCAACUCAUUCACUCGCAGGUUUCUGCUUUUGUUGGUACCUGCAGUUGAUGCGUAACACUGAGAACAAAACCCAGUUACCGACAUGAACAUUAACCAUUAGCUACAUAACUAACCCUCUCUGUUCUGUUAGCAUUUCACUGAAAUGAAGGCGAAGCUUUCAGGUUUACAGUGCCUUGCAAAAGUAUUCAUGUUCCUGUUUUGCCACAUUCCAGCCACUCGGAUGCGUUCUAUUGGGAUUACACCGGACAGAACAACACAGAGGAUUGCAUAAUUGUGAAGUGGAAGCGCAAACAUUCAAAGUUUCAGAUCUAAAGUGUGUGUUGGUGUUCAGCUCAAUGUUGAACUUUCGGCUACAUCAUAAAGUAUUCAGCAGUAUGUCUCUACCAGCUUUAGGCAUCUAGACUAAAAUUAUUCUCUAUUUGCAAAAUGCGUGAAGCUCAGUCAGAUCGGACGUCCCACUAAAAGAAAACAUCUAAUCCACAAGACCAUGUAAUUAUGUAGGUGGUGUGUUUAGAGUCAUUUACAGUGUGGGCUAUUAGAGUACUGAUAAAAAAUGCAUACAUUUGCAAGGUACUAUAUAUAUUUAUAUAUUCUCCUAAGCAUUAUGUAACAUAUCAGGAAUCACUAACAAGGUUUGGAGAAUAACUUAAAUUUAUCAACAGGCUCUGAAGGCAUCAUCUGGGCUGUUGGUGGAUCAGUCCACCUCUUCAUGAAAUCAUUUCGUGGUUAGCCAGAACUGCAGAACAACAUGUCUGUCGCAGUGUGUGUGUGGAUGGUGUGUUACCUCCGGCCGUGUUUCUGGACCCAUGAGCCGACGUGAAUCAUGCUUGCGUCUUUUUAAUGCGGUAACUUUUCUACUCUUACACUGUUGUGCUUUGACCAAACUCGAUUCAGAACCAAACUGAACCUCACUCUAACACGUCUCUGUGGACCAAAUGAUCGUCACAUUCCAAAAAUAGAGAGUCGCAAAGAAAACAGCAAGAGGAAGUCGUGUCCAAAGUGCGUACCUGGAAUAAAUUAUGUGUUGUUCCACAAUCUCAGUUCAGUAACGGUACAAACCUGGCCUUCCAGCGUAUGGAGGUGGUGCAGGUGGGCGCUUUUUGUAGUUUCUUUAAGACAAGUAUAACAGAAAAUGUUAAGUGUACACAAAGAAUUGUUUUCAUUAGGCUUUUUUCUGACUUUACAAACAUCCAGUGACGAUCUUUUAUAAAAGUUAUAUACUUCAUAUAUAAAGCUGCGGUAUGUAACUUUUAGAAAGGAAUGUUUUUUUUUACUUAUUUCUUUAAGCUAUCACUAUGGUCUGAGACGGACAAUGUGUGAAAACAACCAUUCUCCUCUGCUUUCUCCCAGUACUAACAACAGAAAAACACCACUGAGCCAGAAACAACCAAUCAGAGCCAGGAGGAGGGUCUCAGUGCUGCCAAUCACUCUAGUGCUCAUCCCCUCCCCCUUGCUCUUUGCUAAGCCACUGCUUCAUCACAACAGAGCCUGCCACCAAUACUAAGGCUACUUAGCAUGGCCUCCGGUGAUGGCGGAUAAACAGUUUUUCUGUAACAGUAUGUUGUUUUUCCACCAUUACCACACUGAGCAGCGUACAGGAGGAUGAUUGACAGCACUAAGCCCCUCCUCCUGGCUCUGAUUGGUUGUUUUUGACCAGAAGAGGUGCAUUUCUGCAGACCAUAAUAGUAGCUCUGGGAGGAGAAGGAAGAGCUCAAUUUUUUUCACAGAUAUUUUGUCUCACAACAUAAAGUCAUGACAUGGUGACAAUUUUAAUGAAUAUGGAAAAAAAAUAAAUUUUGUAAAAGUUAAAUAAAUAGCUUUAGGGGAAAUGUAAUCAUGUAAAAAAUUACAUGAUUAAAUUACUGUUGUGCAAGUUCAAAUGGUGGAACUGCAAAGACUUUGUGUGGAAGAUGUUGGGUUCGUUUUAAACGGCCAUGAAGUCGGUGGCAUUUCAAAGCAGACAAUUGUUUUUAAGCCCUGGGCUGAAACAAACACCCAGGACGACUGCCGCUCUCUCCAUCGCCUCGCUGCCUGAGGCUGAGGCGGCAGAGACUGAGCUGAUGUGCUGACUCACAGCCACCACAUGACUCUGACCCGUUAACGUGUGUGUCUGUGUGUGUUUAGGAAGCUUUUUAACCCUCCCGCGAUCGUAAGAGAUGGGAUCCAUUUGACACCGCAAGUUCUUUACCCUGUGCGCGGUCCAGCGGGGUGGCACUGAAUGUGCGUGCGCUUUUACACAUCGCCUCCUGUAAUUCGUGCCAAGACGGCGAGGAGGGUUAAAGCGGAACGCAUACAACGGAGGCAGAGCAAAGGUGACAGCAGGAAGAAGGCGAUGGAACUCACUCUGGAUUAACUUCUGCUGGGUUGUGUUGGACUGCAGGUGGACCUGCAGGGCUUCAUAAUUGGUUGUGAGCGGUAGACACAGUGACAGUACCUGCUGGUUCUGGUCUAUUAAUACCAUCCUGACUCACUGGAGGCCUGGGGUCGUGCGCUCGUGCAGCUGCGCUCGUGUCCGCCGUGAUUUCCGGCUGGCAGCCGCUGCCGGGUUUAUUUGCUUUCUGACCCAGUGAAGCAGACAAGUGUUUGGGAGACCUCCACUGAACCCGGAGCGGCGAGGCGAGGCGAGAUGCGACGCCUUUCCAGGAGGACGGGAGGCUUGUGGAGCUCACAGAGCUGUUCGUCUGCAGUGUUAACCUUCCAUGUUGUGCUAGGGGCGCCCGCUGGUGGAGACCGAGAAAAUGAUGGCGGUUCACCUUUGCCUCAGGGGGAAGAUGGGUGGCUGCUGGGGGGGACAGUAAUUGGAAAAUUCCCAGUUAAAGUAGAACUCAUUUUCAGUCAUUUUUCAGUUUAGAGAGAGGAGAAGUAAAAUGUAGUGCGACAAGUGAGCGAGAGAGAGCUCAGUGUUUCAGUACCGAGCAGCAGAGCCACUGAAAUGAAUGGAAUCCAAAAACACUGAGAUCAAUGAUUUCUGGUCUGUUUCUCAUUAAGUUUCAACCUACUGAUGCUAAUUUUACCUGAUGUAAGAGAAUAGUUAUUUUUAUUUUUUACCUUAAACAGAUUCUACAGUUGGGACUUUGCUAUUAGCAUUACAAACUCCUAAUAGUCUGUUUUCUCUUGAGAACAUGGACCGUUCUAAACCAAACAACUUUGUCUUAAAUCGUUCAGCCUGCCUGUUAUCUGCUGAAGGAAACUCAGUGUCAGUUCACCAAUAUGGAUGCCCAAAGAAGUCAUGCCGAAGUUCGUACUGUGGACCUGGUAGCUGCCAGUCAGACCUGCGUUAUGUAGCUUGCAGUUGGAGAGACAGUGGUGGAAAGAGCGAUAGAACAACAACGGUAUUGAGAGGAAAUGCAAAGGCUUGGUGUGUUUUUGGGAAGUGGUUGUUGAAACAAGUGAAAAAAACCUUUUAAAUGAGUUUUAUCAGUCUGAGGUUCCAGCAGUCCCAGCUUGCUUUUGCUCAGUUUACCAGCAUUUAUUUGUUCUUAUCCGGCUCCUUCACCCCCUGGUUCCGCAGCACAUCAGAACUCGUAUCAAAAAGGAAAAUCAUAAAGCAAAAAUAUUAGAAUAACCAAAUGAUUUCUAUAUGUAUUUGCCGUAUUAAAAUGUUGUGGGUUUUUUAGCAACUGAAGGAUAUACGUUGGUCAGCAAACGGCAGCUGGUCAGUGGAGGGAUGUCAUGUUGUCACCGACGCACUGAAGUGUCUCAGUGACGGGUAGCUGUGCAGCUAACAAGGUGUGCCUAACGUGAAAUAUCUCCCGUCUCCAUCAUCGAAUUAGCCACUUUUGGUGAAAACCGGUAAAUUUCUGCAACUCUUAUCCUUAGCAGCCAGAAUUGUUGCACUUCACCAGGAGUGGACGCUUGGAUCUGCCAUAGUCCAACACAAUAUCCGUUGCUAGCGAAGCUACCAACAGACAUUUUCCGGGGUGUGAUGUCACCUGGCGUUUCCCUUUUCAUCGUGCCAAGACUGAGUUGCCACAGUGGCAGAGAGUUCCUUUUCCAAACGACCAGUCGAUAUCCUGCUCUGUUGUAACAGUUCAGGAUGACCAGCCAUCGUUCAGGGUGAAUACAGUUUAUAGUCAGCUAAUUCUGGUUGCCAACAAAGUACUUGGUGAAUCUGUAGUUUUACGGUUUUCCAACGUUGGUUAACUUAACUUUUCGUGUGGCUGCUGUAUGAAAGGCCGACUGUAGACAUCUUUAGCUACUUUGACCAUAAAUUCACUCAAAGUCCUUGCUUUCUCACACAGACAGUGGACUGCCAAUCACAUCGUUGGGUUUAAUUUUCUGAAAUUCUUGGUAUAGAAAUGUGCAGCCCAGGAGAAUCAGAGCGUAAUUCAUCACAGCUGCAGAGUUUAGUUGUUUUCAUGCUAGCACCCAAAAUUUAAAAGAAAAGGCAUCGUCUCUCCAGCUCUCUAGGACUCUCACACACAAACAAACAAACAAACAAACAAACAGUUGCACACGUUUUGCUCAGUCACAUGUUCUCUUUGCAGUAUUUUUGAUGAAAAAAAAUAAACCCUGGUCUGCAGCUGAGUGCAGUGCUUUUCUGCCUCAGUGAGUGAAUAUAUUUCUGUGUUUCACCUGUAACUGACUGACGCACCCCGAUCCCCGAGGCGCCUCGCUGCCAAUCUGUAUGAAAGCAGCAGAUUGACGUGAAACUGUGAGAUCAGUCAGGUAUUUUUCACCCUGGUGAGCUUCCUAUCGGUGAGAUUGUUGUGCUUGCAUUAAUUAAUGAUGUGCAGCGUUCACAUUCCUCUCUACUGGUAAAAUAGGAGUCAUCUGUGUUGUCUAAAGCACUACUUAUACACCAAUCAGCACAAAAGACAGAAGCAAGGAAAUGCAUUAAAAUAAAUACAUUUACAAAAUUAAGGAAUAGAAACCUUCAAUAAAUUAAUAAAUGAAUGAUGCAUAAACAAUAAGCAUCUUUGUUUUUUAUGAAGUUUAUUCCUGAAUUAAGGAUCAGAUUAGAUCAUUCUUAGCAUUUCAAAUCUUUCUCUAUUAACUCCAAAAUGGUUGACAUAUGCAUUUCUGUAUGAAACUAGAGGAAUUUUUAACUCCUUAAUUUCAUGAAGCCAAAUACUUAGUCAUUGUAAAUGAUGAUUCUGCAAUAACACAAAACUAUGAAGCUGCAUGUCAUCAGCAUAGAUAGAGAUGCUGUAAUAUUGCAUAAUCUAACUUGUAGAAAUUGAAUACAAAAGUAACCCAAGAAUGGAACCCAGAGGAACCCCACAUCUGAGUUUUGUUCAACUCCAAAAAUGUAAUUAUAAAUCCAAUGUUUAUGAUCAGGCAUGUGAACGGCAGUGCCGAGGUUCAGUAAUACGUUAAUAUGCAGUUAAGAACCUGUAGAUUUGUCACUUAGGGUAGUGAGGGAGUCCAGUCUCUGUGCUGUUAUUAAAAAUUCCUUGUCACAAAAUUGCAUUUAUUAAUUAAAACAAAACUGUACUUGGUCUCUGCCAAAAAUGUUAAAUUACAUAUGAACCUGUCUCUUUUUAUUGGGCUUCUUUAAGUGAGGUUUGAUCACUGCAUGUCAACUAAUUUUUACCUCACAAACAUUAGACUAAUAUUGAUGAUGUUGAUCAUGUUGAUGGCUAUUGACCUUGCUGUUAUUGUGCUAGGAAAUGCAAAUCUGUUCAACUUUAAACUCUCACAACACAACACACACACACACACACACACAGAUGGGAAGCACAUCAGGCUGAGUAAACCAGAAGACGCGUCUGUGUUGGGAGGAUGAGAUCGGGGUGCCGCAGCCUUUCUGUUAGCCGCGUGUCUUAUGGACUCGCUCUGAUUGUGUUCUUCAGCGUGCUGUACGACGACACGUCUGUGCAGACUCGUGCUCUAAUAGACUCACUGGAACGUGGUGUGUAGCUGCCAUCGUGCUGUGGACUAACGUGUGUGAACAUUUGGAAAUCUGUAACGGUUUUUAGUCUGUGUGUCACCGUGGCCUUUGCAGGUGUUUGUGUCGACCCGUGUCUACUCUGCUGACCUUUAACCCAGUGUUGUUCCCUCCGCUGUUCUCACAGUUCGUUUUUUGUAUAAUUAAAGAACAAAAGAAGAAGCAAAGCUAUUUAUUGAAGUGUGUUUAAAUGACAAAUAAAUAUAAUGAAUUAAC